AUGGCCAUGCCAUGGUCAUGGAGGUCAAGUGGGAGGGGUGCAGAGGCUGGCACUAAUGCCAAGGGAGGUGCUAGGGGUCCAGGGAAGCAGAGGGGUGCCAGGCCCACCACGUGCCACCACACGCUAGCACCGGCCACCGCGCACGUGUCCCCACCACCAGACCGCACGCACCCACCAGGCCACAACCACACCGCACACCGCACGCACCCACCCACCGCACACCGCACGCUCUCUCCCUCAAUCCCCUCUCAGUCUCUCACCCUCCGGCCACCCCAGAUCUCGCCUCCAAUCUCCCCCGCCGCCGCCGGAUCCCACGUCGCCGCCUCGCCGAGAUCCCGGCUGCUCAUCGCGUGCGCGUGCUCGCGCCCGGCGCCGGCGUCCGUCGACGCGGAGCCCUGCCUCGACGACGCGCUCGGCCACUCCUUCUGCUACGCCAACUCCGCCGCCAACCCCGCCGCCGCAGCAUACUCCUCCUCCUCCUUCCGCCACGGCAUCUCGGGCGCCGCCCUCUCCGCCAACUCCUCCGUGCCCAUCCCGCUCUACCUCUCCUCCUCCAUCGCCGACGCCACCGGUGGCCCCAUGCCGCCGCCGCCCAACUACUCCUCCAGGCCACACCAUUUCUCUUCUCCCCAUUUCUCUUCCACAUCGCACUAGGGUUUCUUAUCCCCUUU